AUGCCGCCUCGCAAUAGGACCAUCGACUUGCCUGUCGCAGUCAACGAGUCCAUCUCGCUCGAUCUCGACCCUCUUCCCCCCGCAGAGGACAUUCAAGUCUUCUUGGAAGCGCUCGCCUACGAAUGUCCUCCCUCCAAGUACUGGACUCGUCUCGCUUCGCAGCUCUACAUCGAGAAUCGCAUCCCAGAAGCCGUUCAGGUCUGUGCUCAGGGUGUUGAGGUGCUUGCUUCUCACAAGCCUGCCGAGACCAUCCCUCUUCAUGCUCUUCUCGCUUCUUUCGCUCUCAACAACGCAAGGAACGCACCUAAACUUAUCCUUCAGGACGCACGCUAUCAGCGUCUCGCCAACCAGCAGCUCAAGGAGUCUUUCUACGGCCAGUCCACCGUCCACCAGUCUCAUGCCAACGCACUUGACCCAAAGCACCACAUCAACCAACUCUCCAAAGCUGUCUUCCUCACCACCACUGGCCAGAACGAUGGUGCUGCCGUCAUCUUUGAUGCCAUCCUCAAUCAGAAUCCGCGACACGCCCUUGCUCUGCUCGGAAAAGCUUGCAUCCUCCUUCGAAAGCGACAAUAUGCUCCUGCCCUCAAGCUCUACCAGCAAGCACUCGAAGUGAGCAUCCUCGUCCAGACAAAGGCGGACAAGCAAGGUGACAAUGCAAAGACCCUCGGAUGGCGAGGUCCUGAUCCUCGUGUUGGUAUCGGUCUCUGUCUUUGGGGUCUCGCUCAUCACGAUGCCGCCCGGAAAGCUUGGAAGCGCGCUGUCCAGGUAAACAAGCAGAACGCUGCUGCUCACUUGCUCCUCGGUAUCUCGAGUCUCAACCUUGCCAAGCAGACCGCUCGUCUUGUUCCUGGAACCUUUGGCGCCCAUGUGGAGCGAUCGGAAGAAGAAGCCCGUGAGCUUGCAUACACCGAGGGCAUGUCCAGCUUGCAAGAGAGCUGGAAGCUCGACAAGAAGAAUGCUACCGCUGCCAUUGUCAUGUGCGAGUACUUUAUCGACAAGGCUUCCCAAGCUGAGAACCAGCCAGGUUCUGCGGUCGAGGCAGAACAAGCUGCUAUGGCUCACUACGCUACCGCCCUUAAGCUUGGAGAGCACGCUAUCCAGUAUGCUGAAGCGCGUGUUGGCCUCAACCACGCUCAGCUCAUCUAUGCUCGUGCAUCUCAUCUUGCCUCUCAAUUCUCCAUAAACGCUACUCAACCCGAGCUCCGCUUGCAGGCUCAGCGAUAUUACAUGCGCGUCAUCGACGACGUCACUCGUGUGCUCUCAAGUUCUACCGUUUCCAACUCCCCCAACAACGCCCCGUUGCACCUCUGCCUCUCGCUUGCUACGCUUGGUCUUGCUCAGUGCCAGGUCGCCAACCGUGAUCCGCUUGCAGCUAUUAACACCCUUGACCUUCUCACCUCCCGACCUUCUCACUCGGCCUCGGCAACACAAUCGAUCGAACUUUCGCUGCUCGCGGCUAGUCUGCGAGCACAGUCGCAUCCAGGUGCCACUGCUUCCGAGCGUCAAGCUGAUGCUGAACGAGCUCGAAUCAUCCUCGACCGUGCCUUGCGUCUUAUCGAGGCUGCUAAGCUCGAUGCCUUUGGUCCUCAGUCGCUCUUUGCCCAGCCUGACGAGUUCCACUCCGCCUCGUCUGGCAAAAUGUCUAAUGCCACCGCCAAUGCUGCGACAGAUGUUCCGGCUGCUCUUGCCAAAGCUUCGCUUUCGAUCCGCACCGAGGAUCUCUCCAAGACCGCGCUCGAAGCUAUUGCCAGUCUCGGAUCUGAUCCUCUCACUCGUGUCGAGUUUGCUGAGCUGCUGCUUCAGACCGAAGACUUGGUUCGUGCCUCAACUGCAUACGCUGAAGGUCUCGAGCUUGCCAAGGCCAAAGCCAACAGCGAUGGGAAAAACAGCGAUGCCAUCGAGGACGACGAGGCUGCAACCAACGCGGCUCUGCUUGCCAGUCUCGAGACUUGCCUUGGUGCUGUGCUUGCCAUUCGUGCCUCUGACAUUCCCACCAGAGACCAACAGAGGGAGGAAGAGCGCAACUGGCUGCUUCAGCGAGCUAUCACACGUCUCGAGUCUGCUGUCACUGCUAGUGCUAACGCUGUCAAUGCUUUUAACGCUUCUGCUGCCUCGGCACCUGCCACUACCGCCCGUCUCGAGGCUCAGAGGACCGUCGACGCCGUCAAGCUCAUCGCCUCGUACAACCUCGGUCGUGCCAACGAGGCUGCCGACAAUGUCGAUGUGGCUCGGGAUGCUUACCAAGCUCUUCUCCGCGGUCAUCCCGAAUACACCGAUGCCAAGGUGCGUCUUGCUAUUCUCAACGUCGCCCAGGCUCCGAUGGCAUUGGAUGGGCCCGAGGCCGCAGCACAGAUCAAGGCUCAGCGGGAUGCUGCCAACGCCUUGCUGAAAGAAGCGCUCGACUCUGACCCAGGCAACCUUGAUACUCGCUCCACCUAUGUCUGCUUCCUUGCUGGCGAGUUCCCUAGCAGCCCGACACCGUCGUGGGCGGCGAUCAAGGAGUUCACCGCUCGUUUCUUCGCCAGUGGUACUGAGGCGCCGUUGCAGGCUGCAUUUGGAGGUGCGGCUGCUGCCAAAGCUUCUGUUGAGUUGGGUCGACGCGAUCCACACACUCUCUCGUCGCUCGGUUGGGCAUACUAUCAGCUCGCAGUGCACGCUUCGGGUCCUAGUGCUAAGGCUGAGCGCAGUAAGAACAUGAUGCGUGCUACUGAUCUUAUGGACAAAGCGUUGCAGACUGAUGCACGAUGUGCGUUUGCUGCUCAGGGUAUGGCUAUCUUGCUCGCCGAAGACGCCUUUGCAGAGACAGCGGGCGGAACUUCGCUCACUCUCUCCUCGACGCUUGGUGGUGCGCCUGAAGAGCGCAGAAAGGCUAACGCGGACGAAGCGAUCGCCAUCCUCUCCAAGCUUCGUGAGGUACGAGACGAGGGCAGCGUCCACGUUUGUAUCGGACACGUCCUGAUGCAGAAAGAAGAGUUCGAACGUGCACACAAAGCCUACGAGCUUGCCUCGAAGCGUUUCUUCGACGGUACCAACGCCGCUGUUGUUCAGUACGUCGCACGUGCAGAAUACGCUAUCGGUAUGAAGACCAAAUCUUUUGCCAGCCUGCAGAGCUCAAUGCAGCAUCUCGAACAAGCACGCGAGUUGGUCAUCAAAGAACGCGGUUUCGACCAUCCGGAAUGCCGUCAGAUCGAGUACAACUUUGCCGUUACCGCACAAAAAGGCCUACAGAUGCUGUUCGAUCUGCAGAAAGACCGCAAGACGGCAGAAGCAUUGCGCGAUGCUAUUGCUGCUGUCGAAAAGGUCCAGCCUUUGCUUGUUGCGCCUGCUGAUGCCAGUGCUCCGCAAGAAGCACCAAUGGGCAAAGAAGGUUCGCUGAUCGAAGCAGCCAAACGUGGUCAAUUGCUAUGGAUGUCACCGGACGUCAUCGAACAGCGAGGCAAGUACGGUGCCUCUUCGCUCCUCCAACGUGCCACACAAGCCCUUGCUGAUCAGGAGAGCUACGAAUCGGAAAUGCUCAAGAAGAAACUCCAAGUCGCUGCCGCACGCAAAGAAAAGGAACUGGCACGAGAACAAGAACGUAUUCGCAAAGAAGAAGAGUACCGCGCACAACUCGAGGCUAUGACUGAAAAGCGUAAGGCUCUACGCGAGGAGGCGGCAAAGAUUGAGUAUCUGCGAGAGACCACACCGGAGAAAGAGCCGAGAAGGAGGGCAGCUAAGAGGGGAGAUGUUACUUCAGGAGAGGAAGAUGCACCGGAUACGAUGGCUGAGAAGGGUAAAAAGCGUAAGCGGACUGGGGGGAAGAAGAAGAAGGGGAAGAAGAAUGUUGAUAGUGAUGAGGAGCAGGAUGAGAGCGAUGGCGAGGGAUUGUUUGGUGGGGGAGGUAGUGGAGAUGAAAGUAGCGAUAGUGAUAAGGAUGAUGAGGAUGGGGAUGAAGAGAUCAUUCGAAAUGGAGCUAAGCUUCUGGCGGAGGAAGGUGAGGGUGGGGAAACGAGAAGUGGGAAACCGAGCAAGCUUUCGAAGUUGGCCAAGUCGAAGAAGUCCAAAGGAAAGAAAUCUUUGUCGUCAAAAUCAGACGCUGGAAGGAAGAAGAGGAAGAGUUUGAAGCGGGCCAAAGCGAAAGAUUCUGAUGAGGAGGAGAACGACAAUGAAACGGCCGCGAACGAGGGUGAUAGCGAGGAGGACACGGGUAGAGUUAGGAAGAGUAGGAAGGGUGUUUUCGAUGAAAGCAGUGAUGAGGACGAGAAUGCGGAGGUGGAGAAGAAGAAGAAAAGCAGCGCGCCAAAGGGUAGAACCAAGAAGGCCAAGGUCACGAACGAUAUCAUUGACAGUGACGAGGAGAUGGCGUUGCUCGACGUGGAGUAA